AACCAACCCACUCUCCCUCCCCGUUUCCGCCGCCGGCUGAAGGAUCGGAGAAACACGCCUAGGGUUUGGCUCCGCCCGCCGCCGCCGGCCGGGAGGCGCUCCCCCUGAGCUCCUCUGCCGCCCCCAAGGAGCAUCUUCUACCGGAGCACGAAGAACCACAAAAGUUUCCAUUUAAAGUUGGUCGUCAUGGCGUGGGAGCUUAUCGAGGUCGCCGGCAACCCAACUCCCCUCCCACAUUCUACAGUUGAUGUGGUGGCUGCGAAGAUUGAAUCCAAGGUAGCCAAUACUGUCAUUAGGCAACUUAAUCAGGUGUGCCCACUGGAGAAUCUGCGGCAUGUUAAGCGGGUGCGUCGCCGUAUUGAGUGUGAAAAAUCCGAGUUAUCGAUCAUCUUAUGCCUUUCCACUAGGACUGAAAGUUGUAAGAAUGGGUUUCCUGAGGAUGUGCAGAAGGUAGUGGAGGCUUACCAGUUGAGCCCUUUCAUUGCAAAAGUUGCCAGCUAUCCUGCUAUGUCGAAAGAGGAAUGGGAGGAACAGUGCAAACUCUGGCCAACUUCCUAUCAUCCCCUGCAUGACACUGGUGGUGCAUCUGGAUUUAAAGAGGAGGAAUUACCAUCAAUAUUUGAUUGCAUGAGGUCUGCUAUCCAGUUAUCAGAGGUGGGCAACACGGCCAUCAUUGUUGAUCCAUCAAGUAUGCAAAUUAUUUCAAAGGCUACAGAUCAAACACACCAGAAUUGUGGCUUUCUGAAAAGGAACAGUUGUGUUGAUGUGGGAGCAGAUGGUGCCCGCUAUUUGGCUGAUACAACUGAGGAUAAUGAUGGCAGGCUGUUGCUGACAAGCUCCCAUGUUAGCCAUCGCUUGAAGUUGGAGGUGUCAUGUAUAAACUCUUGGGGAUGGACAAAACAGAGGUCUUCUGAGAAGACAUUGUCCUCUGAAGGUGGUUUUCUUUGGCAUCCUCUAAGACAUGCUGCCAUGGUUGCCAUUGAAAAUGCUGCUGAGAGAGAUCGAAAGAUGUUCCAUACUUCAAAUUCUCCAAGAACCGAAUCAAACUUAAAUGGCGAUAUGGAGAAUUGUUCUGAUAAUGAACCAACAAAGCGGCCAAAGAUAGUUACAAAGGAUAAAGAACAAGCUGAGCAUCAAGAUUGUGGGAGUGACUUAUCUGGAAUGAACAGACCAUAUCUAUGCACAGGAUUCGACAUCUACCUUGUUUGGGAACCCUGUACAAUGUGUGCUAUGGCACUUGUACAUCAAAGAUUCAAGCGUGUCUUCUACGCUUUCCCUAAUCCAAUCACUGGAGCGCUGGGCAGUGUCUACAGAUUGCAUGGGGAGAAAAGUUUAAAUCACCAUUACUCUGUGUUUAGGGUAAAAAUGCCAGAGCCAGAUUUGAAUGUUUCGAGUGAUUACCCUGAAAAAGGCUGAUCAGAUUUUGUACCAUCCUAGUUCUUGAAAAUCUAUGAGCUUUUCUAGGCUACUUGCUUGUGGUUUGUCAUCUUCGCUUUGCGAGGGCCGUGGCGCCGGUGGGUUUCUGGUUCCUCUCCUUUGCUUUGUCAGGACGGUGGUGUUGGUUCUUUGUCUAGAGACCCUGUGAUGGUUGCCCUGCGUAUUUUCCAUAUAACCGUCUUAUUUGCCUUGCCUGUGAGCUUUCCCUUGCGACAACGCUUCGGGGUUGUCGCCUUCUCUCUUCCAGGUGUUGUGGUGCUUGGCUUCUGCUAUUUGUACCUUCUCCAUCUGCGUGUCAGGCAUAACACCAGGAGCCUUUUCUGAAGGUUGGUGAUGUAGAACAGCAGAAGCUCCUGUGGGCGACCAUAAUGUAUUUUCCUUCUUAUUUCUUCCAUGGCACAGAUACCUCUUAGGUUGCUUAUACAGUUAUACUUAUCCAAAAGCAGAAGAAAGCAUUUGUUUCUCCGUUGCUGGUUUAUAGUACACUGUAUGUGUUUCUUAUUUCUCCAUGGUACGUGUUUCCUUUUUUUUUCUUUUUUGUAAAGACGGCAUGUGUUUGUUGUGGGUGAUCCUGGCCUAGCUAGAAGCCAGUGUGUAGAUCACUCUUUCUGUAGUUUUCUUACUACUUUAUUAGUUUGUUUCUAUUUGGCUCAUCACGCUAGCUUUCUUUUUGUAAAGUGUUCUUUCUUUACAAUAGAAUAGUAUUAUCUUGUCUUCCAGACAACUCCAACUCAAAGUAGUAGCUAGUCCGGCAGGCUACAAUGGCAACAAGUCUGGCAGGCUACAAUGGCGUUGAGGUACUUGCUGCUCCUGGCUAUCUUUCUUUCGGCGCAGCCAACGGGGCAUAGUGGCGAGGAAGGGCCGGCGGUUCCGGCUGUGAUGGUGUUCGGCGACUCGCUGGUGGAUGUAGGCAACAACAACUACAUCUUCACCAUCGCCAAAGCCAACUUCCCUCCCUAUGGCAGGGACUUCAAAGACCAUGUCGCCACAGGAAGGUUCUGCAACGGCAAGCUGCUUGUCGAUUUCAUAGCUGAAAAGGUUGGGUUCAAUGGCUCUCCGCCGGCGUAUCUCAGCCCGCAAGCAUCGGGACAGAACCUUCUGCUUGGAGCCAACUUCGCAUCUGCUGCAUCUGGCUAUAAUGACCAUGGGACUCUGAUUGUAAGUAUCAUCGAUGAGUGUCCUUUCUUGCAAAUAUAAGUAUCACUGUAUUAUAUAAUGGCCUACUGCAGAAAGCCAUCUCUGUCUCUCAACAAUUGAAGUACUUCAAAGACUACCAAGCUAAGCUGGCGGUGGUGGCUGGGAGCAGCCAUGCUCGCUCCAUCAUCUCCGGCUCACUCUACAUCAUCUGUGCCGGUUCAUGUUGUUAGAACAGGGUUGUGCUGUGUGUGUAGUUAUCAUAUUGUAUAGGGGCUUCUUUGCUUAUUUCCCUUCAUGUAUAUGUGCUGGCCUGUUGGCCCGAUGGAAUAUAGGCUCACUUCAUAACA